GGGGUGUGUUCGGCAGCAGCUGUCGCCCACACCGGCUGACCUGGAUGUGAAACCUGGGAAUGUUUGCGGUAGCUGCGGGCGGCUAGCUCCGUCAUCACUAUAUUCAACUAACAUUUAAGAUUCCCUCCUUCGAGAGGGCGUAGUCGAUAGGAUGAGCACACUGGCGCACGGUCGUGUGACCGACUGAUGAAGUGAGUCUCCGCGCAGGAUGGAGAAGAGCGGCGGAGGAGAGCCUGGAACAAUGUUAUUAGCCAGUUAGCUGCGUUAGCGUCGCUAGUUUACUAACAUCAAGUUAGAGGGCUGAGUUCACCAAGACAACUCACGGCACUCAUUUGAAUCAAGAAAGAAGGUUGGCGACUAGCGGUGAAAUUAAUUUUGCCGUGGUUUUCUCGACUGCAGCGUUAUUUUCUAUCGUUGUGAGAGAGCUAGCUCGCGAGCUAACCAGCUGUUCCGAGCAUCUCUGAAGGCGUCACCGCACUCGGAAUAGAAAAACAACAAUUUACGCUUUCAAAAUGGCUCAGGCGGCUUUCCCACUGCACUAUCUGGUAUGGAACAAUCAGUAUUUGGAGCUUGACAGGGAGCUGCAGAAGAAAGAUCAGGACAUGGAGCGCCUGGACCCCCGAGGACGCACCCUGCUGGAGCUGGCGGUGUGUCUCGGCCACCUGGAGUCCACCCGGGUCCUGCUGAGAUACACUGCCGACCCCACGCACUGCAAUGCCCAGGGCUGGACCAUUCUGCAGGAGGCUGUGAGCACUGGUGACCCGGAGCUGGUUCAGCUGGUGCUCCAGUACAGAGACUUUAAAAGAGCCACAGAGAGGCUGGCAGGCAUCCCGGAGCUGCUGAGCAAACUUAGACAGGCACAAGACUUUUACGUGGAGAUGAAGUGGGAGUUCACCAGUUGGGUGCCCCUGGUGUCCAAAGUGUGUCCCAGUGAUGUUUACCGUGUGUGGAAAAGUGGCUCCUGUUUACGCGUGGACACAACUCUACUGGGCUUUGAACACAUGACUUGGCUGAAAGGACGCCGCAGUUACAUCUUCAAGGGUGGAGAUGACGGGGCAGUGGUGAUGGAGGUGGAUCAUGAGAAGCAGGUGGUCUACACAGAGCCGCUCAUUUUGUCGCCACGUGACGCGCCUUCCCUUCUGGCAGCCAUGCAGCCCUCUCAAGAGAAUACAGCACAGAGACUCACGUCUCCCAUCGUCUCCACCCACCUUAACACACGCAACAUUGCCUUUGAGCGGAACAAGUCUGGCAUUUGGGGCUGGCGCUCUGAGAAGAGUGAGGUGGUCAGUGGCUACGAAGCAAAGGUUUACAGUGCAACCAAUGUGGAACUGGUGACUCGGUCAAGAACAGAACAUCUAUCGGAUCAGGACAAAUCCAGAAGCAAAGGGUCAAAGACUCCUCUGCAGUCCUUCCUGGGGAUUGCUGAACAGCACACAGCUCACAACGGGAGCAACGUCUCCCAGUGCGCCAGCCCCCACAACCCCACAGCCAUCACAGCUGAAGAAUACUUUGAUCCGGAGUUCAACCUGAACGGCCGCGACAUUGGUCGACCCGUCGAGCUCACUAGCAAAGUGCAGAGAUUCAAAGCCACUCUGUGGCUGAGUGAGUCCCACCCGCUCUCCCUGGCUGAGCAGGUGACCCCCAUCAUCGACCUGAUGGCCAUCUCCAAUGCUCACUUCGCUAAGCUUCGUGACUUCAUCACCCUGCGUCUGCCACCGGGUUUCCCGGUCAAAAUAGAGAUUCCUCUUUUUCAUGUUCUAAAUGCCAGAGUGACAUUUAGUAACUUGUGUGGCUGCGACGAGCCGGUCAGCUCUGUGAUGGUUCAGAAGCCGGAGACUCCUGAAGAACCUGGUCAGGUUGCGCCCUCCUUCCACUGCGAAGUGGACCCCUCAGUGUUCGAGCCUCCUGCGGACUACACCACGCUCGGCCCGGGACGCAGCGAGCCAAUGAGAGACGAGGAUGACAACCUGCUGCAGUUUGCUAUCCAGCAGAGUCUGCUCGACGCUGGCACAGAGAGUGACCAGGUCACGAUUUGGGAGGCCCUCACCAACAGUCGCCCAGGACCGCAGUCCCCUCUGUACGAGGAAGAUUCCCAGCUAGAGCGGGCGAUCCAGGAGUCCUUGUCCAUCUCUCUGGCCAACCGAGAAGGGGACGGUGCCUCCGAUCCCAUCCAGCCUCCGUCUGUCUCCCCUCUGGAUCCGGCAGCCAACUUUCCACUCUCCUUCAACACAGAGGCCGAUUCACACCUGCCGGAAAACUUUGGAGCGGCUUCCAGCUUUGAUGAGCAGCUGCGGAUCGCCAUGGAGUUGUCGUGUCGGGAGCAGGAGGAGAUGGACCGAAAGCGGAAGGAGGAAGACGAAGAGCUGGAGCGGAUUCUGCAGCUGUCACUCACCGAGAAGUAAUGUAAAAAUAAAACCAAAAGGGGGCGGGGUGAGGGUUUCAUCGGGUACAAUCCUCUUUAUUUAUUCCGUUUUUAUUUUCUAAAAGAGAUAUGUUAAGUUAUUACAGAUGUUUUAUUUAUCUCUUUCAUGAAGGCUGCUAGUGAGAUUUGUUUUGACAGGCAGUGGGGCGAUGUUGAGGGUAGUGGGGGAGGAACCAGGUACUCUGACGCUGAAACUGAGGCGAAAGGGAGAGUUUUUGUGCUUCUUUUUUAUUGAAUAUUUUUCACCGUCUUGCUGUCGUCAAUGAGUGCUGAAUGAUCCUCAAACUGUAAACCUAAAACAUGAUCCAUGAUAUCGAUGAGAACAGAAACCUUAAGAGGAACAACCUAAAGAUACUACAACACUGUUUGAUCUGCUCCUAUAUGUGUGGAAAAUAAAAACUCAUGAUCUCCA